CAAAUUGCAAUCCCCAUUUCAUUUUUCCUUGCAAAUCGCAAACAGCAAACCCUAGUAAUGGCUCGCACAAAGCAGACCGCCCGCAAAUCUACUGGUGGAAAGGCGCCGCGUAAGCAGCUGGCGACCAAAGCCGCUAGGAAAUCCGCUCCGGCCACCGGCGGAGUGAAGAAGCCCCACCGCUUCCGCCCUGGCACCGUCGCUCUGCGUGAGAUUCGCAAGUAUCAGAAAUCUACGGAGCUCUUGAUCCGCAAACUUCCGUUCCAGAGACUUGUUCGCGAGAUAGCGCAGGAUUUCAAAACGGAUCUGAGGUUCCAGAGCUCUGCCGUUGCGGCGCUUCAGGAAGCAGCCGAGGCGUACCUCGUCGGGUUGUUUGAGGAUACAAAUCUCUGCGCCAUCCAUGCGAAGAGAGUGACUAUUAUGCCCAAGGAUAUCCAGCUGGCCAGGAGAAUUAGGGGUGAGAGAGCGUAGUUCUGAGUUUGACGUUAGGCUGGGAAAUAGGUGGUUGCUAGUCUUUGAGGAUUAUUCGAUUCCAUCUGUACUGGAAUUCUUUGUUUAAUGAAAAUCAACGAAUGAUUUUUGCUUCA